AUGAGCAAACUCGCCCAGCCGGGACACGACCACGCCCACGAAGAAGCCCACGCCCAAGACAACGCCCAAGCCCAAGCCGCCUCUUCCGACCGCCCCUCACCCUCGUCAUCCACGCCGACCUCAACCCCCCUUCUCACAGCCCAGCCCAAGAGCGUACAGGCCAUCAAGGAGUCGUCGCAGCACCAUGGCCAGCUCAAGCCCCUGCCGCUGAAUGCCCAUUGUCCAGGACACCUCCGCCAUCCUCAACAUGGCCACCACCACCAGCCCGUGGGCAAGGACGGCCUCCACCACAUCGACGCCGCGCCUGCGCCCCACCACGCUCGACAUCCCCGGCCUCACCAAAUCAAAGGUCUCGCCCGACGGCAAGAUUGCCCAGCGCGAUGUCGGCUCCAAGCUGGUCAUCGUCAUGGUCGGCCUGCCCGCGCGCGGCAAAUCCUACAUCACCAAGAAGAUGGCCCGCUAUCUGAACUGGCUGCAGCAUGA